AUGUCUCUCCACUUUUACGUCAAUAACCAUGUACUGACCAACCUCGAUCGAACAGAAAAAGUCCUCAUCCUCACAGUUGACGGCCGCACACUGAUCGGCGAUCUUCUGUCGACCGACCAAACGACCAAUCUUGUCCUCGCUAAUACCGUUGAACGCAUCAUCCGCACUCCAGACGACGACGAGCCAUCUACCGAAAUUGAACAUGGUCUGUACCUGAUCCGCGGCGACAAUGUCGUGGUGUGCGGCGAAAUAGACGAAAAAAUGGACGCAGACAUCGACUGGACCAAGGUGAAGGGCGAUGUAAUCCGAGACACGAAGAAUGCAUGA